CUAUCUCAGUGGCAUUGUAGUGAAUAUGGUUUCCAAGUUGGCCUCUGUUUCAACUCCACAUCACAAUCAUUCAGGGCCUUACAGGGUCCCAGGACUCUACCCCUUGGCCAAACAAUACAACAAAGCUAAGAAAUCUCUCUCUCUCUCUCUCUCUCUCUCUGGUUUGAUCUUUGAUCUUUUGGGGACUGUGUUUUUGACUUAGACCACCCUCCCCACACGCUCACAAGUAAAAACUGCAAUAACAAUAAUAAAAGCAUCUCCCCCCUCCCUCAUUUCCCAAUCUUCCUCCUCACUCUCCUUUUACAUCAUCAUAUCAUUCAUAUUCAUAUAUAUCCUCCUCUCUCUCUCUCUCUCUCUCUCUCUCUCUCUCUCUCUCUCUCAAUAUCGAACUUUCACAGCCGAGCCCAGUUGCUAACCUGCGCACCUCCACCUCAGGCGAUGGGCGUACUGCGCCACCGCCACCGCCACCGCCGCCAGCACCACCAUUACAUCAGGCUAUCAACUCUCAUCACAGCCUUCACUUUCCUCUUGUUCACCUCAGCCUCCUCAGCCAUAACCAGUCAAACCCAACUCGGUGGUGGGAAUCAUUCUCAUCAGCAGCAGAAGCAGAGAGAGGAAUAUCAAAUCGGGUCGUCGGCAUUGGAGCGAGUUGAGACUCAGAAGAGCCGGCUGGGUUCAUCGCCACCGAGUUGCAGAUCCAAGUGUGGAAGGUGCUCGCCUUGUAAGGCGGUCCACGUGCCCAUUCAACCAGGUGUCUCUAUACCUCUCGAGUACUAUCCUGAAGCUUGGCGCUGCAAGUGUGGCAACAAACUCUUCAUGCCUUAAAAAUUUAAUUAUAAUUAGAAACUAAAACUACUUGAUUUAUUAAUUACACUUAAGUAAGUAGUACAGUCAAAUAUUUAAACACUGCACCUGAUCUGAUCUUUAGCUUCUCAAUCCAAAAAUCUGUCACUAAUUAUAUUAUUAUUAUUGUCAAUUAUUUCCCACUAUUUGUUAUCAUUAUAUUCUUGUUAAACAUGGCAUGGGGAGACAAGUGAGAAGGUGUUGGAAAUGUAACAUUUUAGGUGUGGCUGGCUCUCUCUCUCUCUCUCUCUCUCGUUUUUUUAUGAUGCAUGGUAGAUGUAUAUAUAUAUAUUUUUUUGUUUUUUAAUUGAACUUUGCAUUAAUGCAAAGAGUUUAAUUAUCAUGGGACAGAAUGGAAGUGGAGGGCAUGAAAUUAAAGACCAAGCUUCUUCUUCUUCUUCUUUUUUCUUCUCUCUCUAGCCUCUAAGCUUGUAUGUAAGGGAGAAAGCGAUGCUUCAGUUCAUGGAGGAAAUACAGCUGGGUUUUUUUUGAGUGUUUGGUUUUGUUUUUGUGUGUCUGUAGACUCUGUAGGUUAACAAUUAUGUGCUAUUUAAGUACACGGGCUUCGAUCCUUAAUGUUUCUUACUAUGGGCUGAUGUGUAAUGAAAGAGAUUGCACUCUCUGAAAUCUGAAUAGUACUGAGAUUGUCUGAUACUAGUGAUGAAUUAUUGAUUUGUUGGUAGCUAUGCUAUCUAUCGUCAUUAUGGGUUUCAUGAACAGCACCAAAUAUAUUGCAACUAUUAUUUUUCAA